UUUAAUUCCAUGUCUACCCCUGCUAGUGCCGCACCCAGCGUAUGCUCACUCCCGCUCCCGAGCGGAGUGAAGCAGUCUAACUCGACGCUAGUCGACCCGCACGGUGCGCAAGCCACGGAAAAGAGUGACACGAAGCGAGGGUUCCGUUUCUGGAUGGUUAUUCUAGCAAUCUGUUCUUCUUUGUUUCUUAGUGCACUGGAAUUGACGGGAGUCUCGACAGCCCUGCCCACGAUCGUUCACGAUCUUAAUGGAAAUGACUUUGUCUGGGUAUCUUCCGCGUACUCGCUCGCGGCGACUGCUCUGCUUCCCAUGUCUGGCGGCUUGGCACAGAUCUUUGGGCGCCGCAUUACUAUGCUUCUCUCCAUCGCGCUCUUUGCGCUGGGCAGCGCUCUGUGCGGCGCCGCACAAAACAUGAAUUGGCUGAUUGCCGCGCGGUCCGUGCAGGGUGCUGGUGGCGGUGGUCUGCUCUCGCUCUCAAGCAUCAUCAUCUCGGACCUCGUACCGCUCAAGGAGCGUGCGAUUUACAAUUCGCUGAUCGGAGUGACUUGGGCCUUCGCCGCUGCUCUGGGACCACUUGUAGGCGGCGGCCUCGCUGAGCAUGGGCAGUGGCGUUGGCUGUUUUACCUCAAUCUACCCGUUUCGGGAGUUGCAGCACUUCUCGUCAUUGUGUUUCUCAACCUGCGCGCACCCCCUGGUUCCUGGACAGAAAAGCUCGGUCGGAUGGACUGGAUGCAGGUUGGCAAUGUCCUGAUUAUCUCGAGCUCGAGCUCAGUCGUCCUCGGCCUGACAUGGGGUGGAGUUCGCUAUGCCUGGUCCUCUGCAAGGGUCAUUGUCCCGCUGGUGGUUGGCUUGGUUGGAAUGACUAUAUUCGUCUUGUAUGAGGCGAAGGCCACUAAAAACCCCAUCAUUCCUAUGUCCUUGUUAUCCAACAGGACCUCGCUAAGCGGAUAUAUUCAAACGUUCAUUUGCCCCGUUGUCAUCUUGGCUGCUAUCUAUUUUGUCCCGACGUACCUUCAGGCAUGCAAGAGCGCAUCUCCUAUCCGGUCCGGCGUCUUAGAGCUUCCCUACGCGUUUGGGAUGGGCGUGAUCCUCGUCGUCACUGGCACCACUAUCGCCGUCAGCAAGGUCUAUCGGGUGCAGCUCUGGGUCGGCUGGGUCGCAUUUAUGGUCGCCAUGGGUCUGAUGUCCACAGUCCAUGCUGAAACUUCGACGGCGCACAUCGUCGGCUAUACGGUUAUUUUGGGGUUCGCGGCGGGUAUCGUUUACUCGGCGACCUACUUCCCGGUGCUUGCUCCUCUGCCCGUGUCCGAGAACGCGCAUGCGCUCGCACUUUUUUCCUUCUUCAGGUCCUUUGCUGGAGUAUGGGGCGUAACUAUCGGCACCGCUGUCCUCCAAACGCAGCUCAGCCACCGCUUGCCCGCCCAAUUCAUCGAAGAGUUCCCCGGCGGCGUCUCGAUCGCGUACUCUGCCAUCCCCGUCAUUCCCACUUUGGCUGAACCGCUCCGCACCCAGGUUAUGAGCGCCUUCGCCGACAGCCUCGCUGUUGUCUGGCAAGUGAUGAUUGGCAUCGCCGGAAUUGGCCUAGUUUCUUCCAUAUUUAUGAAAGGUCUGCCGUUGCAUACCGAAGUCGACGAGAACUGGGGCAUAGAGGAGAAGAAGCGCGGCGGGAUCACGGUGAAGGUUGAGCUCCCCGCCCGGCAGCCCGCGUAACGGUCAUUCUCUCCUCCGUAACGUCGACACGUCAUUAUCGGCGACACGCUUUAUUUAUUUCUGUACGACGACGUCAACAGAACGAGACGAAGGACUUGUCGAAUUAGC